AUGGCCUCUUUUUCAGCCACUUCUCUUGCCUUUCAACCCUCUUUCCAUUUGUCUACAAGAACUAACCAGGUUUCUUACAGAACUUCAAGUUUUGGAGCAGUUUCUGUAGGAUGGACAAGGACGAACUUCCGUUCUUUGAGAUCCUCCGGUUUUCGCAUUUCUGCAGUUCAGGCACAACCUGAGACAGUGCAGAAAGUGAGCAAAAUUGUGAGGAAACAACUUGCUUUGACUCCUGAAACUGACGUUACUCCAGAAACCAAGUUUUUAGAUCUUGGUGCUGAUUCCCUUGACACAGUGGAAAUAGUGAUGGGCUUAGAGGAAGAGUUUGGGCUUAAUAUUGAGGAUGAUAACUCUGAAAACAUCACAACCAUUCAAGAAGCAGCAGAUUUGGUAGAGAAACUGAUUCAAAAGAAAGAUGAAGCUUAG